AUGGCAGCGGUCGUUGCGGGUAAUGGCGCUUUCCAGCCCUUCGACGACGCCUCGCAGCCACCCUCGCAGACUUCGUCUCCCAACUCACCCACUUUCUCCUCCCAUAGCCAGUCCCGCUUCGCCAAUGGUUCUUCUUUCGACCCUCCUCCAGGCAUGUCCUUCUCGGACUUCUUGGGCACAUGGGACGACGCAUUGGUCGCACGCUGGCUCUCCGAUGUCAGGUGCGGGCACCUCGCGAGCACCUUCAGUGCGAAUGACAUCCGUGGCGAUGUCUUGCUCGAGCUGGACCAGGUUACCCUCAAGGAGAUGGGUAUGACCAGCGUCGGCGACCGCCUGCGCGUCCUCAACGGGGUCAAGUCCCUCAGGCAACGCUGUUCGUCUGCCAAUGCUGCACUCGCAUCAAUCAUGAACCGCCCGCGGGUGUCCGACCUCUCUCGUUCCAACAGCCUGAACAGCGACGUUGGCGCGCUCGGCAGACUACACGGUCAUCGCCGCCUUGACAGCGGGCGGCCCGCUCCGCUGCACCUCACGCCUGCGGGGGGCUCGCCUGACCCGAGUCUGCCUAGGAUCAUUCGCGACGGUUCAGAAUCGUCGGGAUCGACGCAACCAGCGGCCAGCUCGACGUCUGCGCGGUAUGUGAAUGGCAUCCGACCCUUGCCGCAGCAGCCCGGCAGCGGCUCCUCUACGCAUAGCACUCCUACCACCUCGCAUAGUGUCCGCUCUAAUCUGCCGCCACUACCGCCUCCGCCCCGCGGUCAACCGCCACUGCCGCCCAACCCGCGGACACCGCACAACCUGCAGCUGCCACCAAGUGUGUUGUCUGGUCGACGCACACCCAUCCAACCUGAUGGCUCCCCGUACUCGCCGCAUACGAAUAACCUGCUCACACCGACGUCAGGAUCACAGGGCGCUCGAACGCCUCUUCGGUCUCAGUCCCCGCAGCUGCCAUUCCCUACGAUAUCACAGUCGAACCGUAGCAACGCCCAGAACAACGCCCAUAAUCGCAGUGGCUCGCUCAAUAACCCACCACCUGCCCCGCCCCUGAAGCUUCCUCCCCGGCCAUCGACAGGAAGCAAUACACAUCCGUACGCUGCGAAUGGUACCCAGGCUGGACUAUCACCUAUCUCUGAAUCCUCUGCUCCCGGGCGUAGCAACGCGGUAUCGGGCACACCAUCUCCCCCUACAGGACCAUAUAACAGGAACGGGAUCAUUGGGCCUAUGCGGCCGAACACGCCUCAGAACAAUGCGUCGCAUAGCACACCGUCUCUUGAUGAUCUCAGGCGCAAAUUGGUCAAGUUCACGCUACCAGGCGAGGGCAAAUCUGCGACGAUCAAUGUUGCUGACUGUGCAGGAGGCGUUGAGAUGCUCAUCAAGGCGUUGAAGAAGUUCAACAAGCUGGGUUCGCGAGGGGAUGGCGAGAGUGGAACUGACCGUGUCGAGACAGAGGACGGAGGGUUGAGUGUCGAAGGUUGGGGUGUGUACUUGAACAGCGGUGAAGAUGUCUCUGGUAUGUCUCAAGCUUUGGUUGUCGCUACCGGUACCAACUUCAGUACAGGUUCGCCUUUGACUGAGGCACAGUUACUCUCGAUAUGCCAUGCGCCUCCGGAUGACCCGUCCCGCGAGAAUGGCUUGAUUGUUCGGCCGAUCGGGAGGAGAAGUUAUUCAAAAUCCCCGUCACCGAGAUCAGGCAGUCCCGCCAUCGGUGCGCGGAGUAGUGACGAUGACCUCCUUACGCCUAACCGCAUGCCCAUGUCUACGAAAGCUACCAAGCGUGCAAGCUCCAUCAGCAUCCUCAGCGGGCUGGGGGUCCCCUACCCCGAGAAGGCCCUUGAGCUGGCGGCCUCGACAUCGGCCCCAGCGCAGAGUCCCAGCGAGACACCCGCCAGUGCGCGUCGUCCAGCGAACAAGUUACGCAACUUCUUCGGGCAGCGUCCGCCCAGCGAGCUCAUCACGACGCAUUUGCCGGAGUACUUCCCGAACGCAGACAAGAAGGUGCUCGAGCGCACAAGGCGGCAGAGCAUGAUGCGUGCGGGCGUGCCGUACAAACGUGACAGCGUAGCGUCCUGGAAUGCGCCGCCAGAGUCGCGGUUUAGCGUCAGUACCCUGGGAUCGCAGCGCGGAUCCGCGAGGCUGUCCGUGGCGAGUGCUUCUCCUGUUAUCCCAGAUAGGUCGCAUUCGCCUCCCCCUCCUGUCCCUCCGGCCCCGGAGACCAAGCAACGCAACAUACCCCCUCGCCUGUCAUUGUCGACGGACGAUGGCAGUUCAUUCGACCUGGAAACGGACGACUCGUACAAACGGCUGUCCAGCCCUCAUAUCCUUCCCCCGGUUGACUUCCCCUCCGAGUCCUUGUCAGAGUCGUUGAAUCUUGACACUCCUCUGCCAGAAAACCGACGCCAGUCAAGAACGCUCUCGACCGCGUCCAAGCGGAUGAGCUAUAUUACAGAGCUGCGAAGCAAGCGGGAUCGCUCCGACACCGCAAGUCUCAUGACAGUCGAUGAGAUCACUGCCUCUGUUGAGAGUCGACGUCAGAGCACUCUUCAGCCUGACAGUGGCUCGGAUGAGUGGACUCAAGUGGACGCCGAGGACGACGCGGAGAAAAAGAGCAUCAUGGACGAGGAUGAGGACGAGGAGGAAGAAGAGGACGAGGAGGAAGAGGAAGAAGAGAUUGAGUCUGAAGACGAUGGGACGAUGGAGAAUAACGCGGCGCUGAGCGACGAGGAAGAGACUGGGAAGACGACAAUUUCCGCUGGUCGUGAGAGGACCAUCAAGUGGAUCAAGGGGGCCCUGAUUGGCGCGGGGUCCUUCGGCAAGGUCUACCUCGGCAUGGACGCUUCCACAGGCUUACUCAUGGCGGUGAAGCAAGUCGAGCUUCCGACUGGCUCUGCACCGAACGAAGAGCGCAAAAAGAGCAUGCUGAGUGCUCUCGAACGCGAGAUUGAACUCCUGCAAGAGCUGCAGCAUGAGAACAUUGUGCAAUAUUUAUCCUCUUGCAUGGACGAUGAUCAUCUAAAUAUUUUCCUCGAGUACGUCCCUGGCGGAUCUGUCACUUCUCUCCUUCGGAAUUAUGGCGCGUUCGAGGAGCCGCUUGUGCGCAAUUGGGUCCGGCAGAUUCUCCUUGGCCUCAACUAUCUACAUGAGCGAGAUAUUAUCCACCGUGAUAUCAAAGGUGCCAACAUGCUUGUAGAUAACAAGGGGGGUAUCAAGAUUUCUGAUUUCGGCAUCUCCAAGAAAGUCGAGGACAAUCUUCUCCCAGGUCACCGAGCACACCGGCCCUCCUUGCAAGGUUCCGUGUUCUGGAUGGCACCAGAAGUGGUCAAGCAGACUGCUUACACGCAGAAAGCUGACAUCUGGAGUGUCGGUUGUCUCGUUGUCGAGAUGCUGACAGGCGAACAUCCUUGGGCACAGCUCACACAGAUGCAGGCUAUCUUCAAGAUCGGGUCUUCCGCCAAACCGACCAUCCCUGCGGAUAUCUCGCCCGAGGCUGAGAGCUUCCUCCAGACGACUUUCGAACUAAACCACGAGGCCCGCCCGUCUGCUGCCGCACUGCUGAAACAUCCCUGGAUCGCGAAUCAACCGCUGCCGCUCGGCCAUUGACCAGUAUAUGACUGUAUCGUCCCAUCGCUCCUCUCAUCCCGCUCGCUCUUG